GCAGAAGGCUCAAAAUCUAAGGUUGCUUAUUUGUUUCUUCCUCAUAUGCAUACAUAUAUCCACUAGUCAUUCAAUCACCUUUUUCUAUAUAAUCUCCCCACAUCACAAACCCAAAAGAUUUUCCCUUUCUUCCCUUUUUCUUCCUUGUUCUUUCUUGUUCCUGAAUUCUUCAAAUUUUGCAGAUUAACCCACCAAUUAUCUCCAAAACCCCACCAUUGAUUGGGCUUGGAAUCAUUUUUUUUUUAUUCCGUUAUUAAGAACGUCCCAGAUUUGAAAGUGACACCAACUCUUCAGAAAAAGCCUCCAUUUCUCUCUUUCUAGAAAGCUCGCCUUCUUUGAACCGCGUUUUUUUUCCUCCCCACCUCUCUUUAUUUGUGGUGGUUGUCCCUAUUUCCCCAUUCAUUUUUUUCAUCCAUUUCUCUCUCAACCAUCAAUUCUCAAUUGGGCUCUUCUUCAUUAAAGCGCUGCAGCUGUAAUGUUUUCUUUGUUUCUUGGUUGUUCUGGCUGGUUGUUGGGUUAAUUUGGAGCUUGAUCUGAGGAAAAAUCGGUGGGUUCUGGUGCUUCGGGCGUGAUUUGAGGCUUGAUUUGUUGACAAUUUGCGGAAAUUGUAUCUGGGUUUUGGAGAACUUGAAUGAUUUUUUGCAGAUUCGAGAUUGAGUGCUUUUGGAUCAAUCUUGGGCUUUAAAAGGGUUCUGGAAAGUACUGUUGGUUAGGUUUUUGGGUUAAGUUUUUAAGCUUUUGGGAGUUGAAUUCUGGAGUGAUCGAUUUCAGAAUUGCAUAAUUGGGGAGAUUUGUGGAUUAGUCUGGUAAUUAAGCUGAGAAAUUGAGAGCUUAAUUGGAAAGAUUUGAAGGCAAAUUAGUGGGUUAAUCCUGCAAAUUAGGCCAGGAAAUCAAGAAUUUUUUGGUGGAUUUAUCGGCGGGUUCUGACGGAUCCGUCUACAGAAAACAAGGGGUGUGACUGUCUGGCUGGUCUGGAGUGCAUAUUAAAUAUAAUCAGGGCCCUGAGAAUGGGGUCCUGCUUGUCUGCUGAAAGCAGUCGCCCUCUCCCCAGUUCGCCCUCGGGUUCUUUAGGGGUCAGGAGGAGGAAGAACUCCAAGAGACGACUGGGGUCUCGGACUUCCUCCUUCGACUCCAGGAGGGAAGAACAAUUGCAUAAGAUUCCAGGGCGAAUGUUCCUGAAUGGGGCGAGUGAUUUCGCCUCUUUGUUUACACAGCAGGGCAAGAAAGGAACCAACCAGGAUGCCAUGAUUGUUUGGGAGAAUUUUGGUUCAAGAACAGACACGGUUUUCUGUGGCGUUUUUGAUGGCCAUGGUCCAUAUGGUCAUAUGGUUGCAAAGAGGGUGAGGGAUUCCCUUCCCCUAAAACUGAGUGCACACUGGGAAGUCAAUAUCAAUGAGGAUGUACUCAAAGAGAUCAGCCUUAACACCACCGGAAGCAUGAACUCCGAAGAUACUGCCUUCAUAUCUGCCGAUGAGGAAUCCAGGCCCUCUAUUGAUCUUGAAGAAACAGAAAAGCAGCCUGAGAUCUUUCAGGCACUGAAAGAAUCAUUUCUGAAGGCUUUCAAAGUCAUGGACAGGGAGCUGAGAAUGCAUACAAAUAUAGAUUGCUUCUGUAGUGGGACAACAGCGGUUACUCUGGUCAAGCAGGGUCAGGAUCUUGUCAUUGGAAAUGUUGGGGACUCCCGGGCUGUAUUGGGUACCAGAGAUAAGGACGGUUAUCUUGUUGCCAUUCAGUUGACCGUCGAUCUCAAACCAAAUCUUCCAGGGGAAGCAGAGAGAAUUCGAAGAUUCAAAGGGCGUGUUUUUGCCCUUCAGGAUGAACCUGAGGUUGCCAGAGUCUGGCUGCCAAACAAUGAUUCCCCUGGUCUUGCCAUGGCCCGGGCUUUCGGAGAUUUCUGCCUCAAGGAUUUUGGUCUGAUCUCUGUGCCUGAAAUUUCUUAUCGGCGCCUCUCUGAGAAGGAUGAAUUUGUCGUCUUGGCUACAGAUGGGGUCUGGGAUGUGCUCUCCAACAAAGAAGUGGUAGACAUUGUAGCUUCGGCCUCAUCGCGUUCCACUGCAGCUCGAACCCUGGUUGAGACUGCAGUAAGAGCUUGGAGGCUCAAAUACCCAACUUCCAAAGUUGAUGACUGUGCUGUAGUUUGCCUCUUCCUCAAUUCCAACACAAACAAUUUUUCUACUGCUUCCACCAAAUCCAAAGAGCAGGUGACACCAUUGGAACAAACGGACGCUGGCAUUGAGAAAGAUCUCUUAGGCCCGACUGGAUUGGACCGCUCAGGAACUGUUCGAACGGGCAAAGAGAUCCAUCCAGAAGAUAGCCAAGAGGAAGCAUCAAAGCAGGAAGAGUUUCAUACGGAGUCAGGCAUAGAAUGGUCUGCUCUUGAGGGAGUGUCUCGGGUAAACACCCUUCUGACUCUGCCAAGGUUUGUGCCUGGAAAAGAUGACAAAAAAGUCUCUGGAAAAACCUCCUAAAUAAUCCCAAGGGAGAGGAAGGGAUUAGUUUGGCUUUGAUUGAUUUUCUUCAUUGUUGAUUUUUUUUCAUCGUCAUCUCUGUUUCAUGGUUUUUUCUCUCUACAGAAGGGGGAAAAAGAUUUGUAGGGUGGUCGUUGAUGUCUCAUUUGGACCGGAGAGGUGGACCCGGCUAUAUUAGUGUGUCUGGGAAAUCGUCCUUUUUCUCUCUAGCGUGGGUAGAAUUGGAAUUUUUGUAAAAUCCAACUCUCCGAGUUUUUUUUUUUUUUUUUUAAUUGCCUUUGUUCUUCCAAAUUUCUUGUGUGAUUUGUUGGUCCCUAUUAUGUUGAUAAUAAUAUUGUGGUAAUGAAGCCUCCAUUUUAGUUUCAA